GGACUAUAACAGGCAUGAUGAGCUCAGUGUCCCUGAUGCCUUCAUGUGUCGGCAGCAUUUUACUGUUGGAGCUGUUGAAGUGAAGCUCCUGUUGACCUGUUUGAUAUGGAGCUGCAGGGGUUUGUGUCAUUAGUGAGCAGUCUGCUGAUGAUGGUCUGGGCUCAUCAGAGACCAGUCGGGUCUGGUCAGAGCCAGAAUAAAGGGAGAAAUGGCCGUCCCAGUGUCCCACAGCCUAAUGUGGCCUCUUCACUCAGCGUGUUGCGUCUGGUGACUGUAAGUGUGUGAAGCUAAGCUGCUGACAUCAGACGGACUGAUGGAGGAGAAUCAGCAGCAUCUUCUCUCUGUGUUUCCUCUACAGCUGAAGCUCCACAGUCUCUGGGACUGGAUGUGAACUCAGCAGCCGAGCAUCUUCCCAGGAACAUUGUCAGUGCUGCUGUUGUACUGACCGAGUGCAGCUCUGCCAUGAGUCGGUGUGAGGACAGAGAGGAGGGAGGCCGUCCCUCUGAAAGCCCUCUGUGUGGGGACCAUGAGAGCCAGAGCACAGCUCCCAGGAGGCGGCGGCAGAGACCAGAUUGUCCUGAACCCAGCCGUGUGUCCAUGAAGAGUGACCGGUCUAUGCAUCAACCUAUUAAAUUUAAAUCUGAACAACCUGCUGGUAAAAGAGUUCAGCAGCAGAGCUCAGAGGUUCACAGUGAUCAGUCUGCACAGCAGCAUCAGCCAGACCUGGACUCCAUAUUUAUGCUGCUGGAGGAGAACAUGGUCACUUUUGUGAAAAACGAGCUGAAGAAGAUCCAGAGGGCCCUGAGACCAGAUUACCCAGACUACUUAGAGAGUCAGAGGGAGGAUGAGGAGGAGCUGGGCAGUGAAGAUGAAGAGCAGAGGAGGAGCAGCAGAGAGUCAUUUGUGCAGAUCACAAUGUACUUCCUGAGGAGGAUGAAGCAGGAGGAGCUGGCUGAGCGUCUGCAGAGCAGGCUUGAUCCUGGAGUCUGUCAACGUAAACUGAAGUCUGAGCUGCAGCAGAAGUUCCGGUGUGUGUUUGAGGGGAUUGCUAAAGCAGGACGCCCAACCCUUCUGAAUCAAAUCUACACAGAGCUUUAUAUCACAGAAGGAGGGACUGGGGGGGUCAGUAAUGAACAUGAGGUCAGACAGAUGGAAACAGCAUCCAGGAAACCAGUCAGACCAGAAACAGCCAUCAGACAGGAAGACAUCUUUAAACCCCCACCUGGAAGAGAUGGACCAAUCAGAAGAGUGAUGACAAAGGGAGUGGCUGGCAUUGGGAAAACAGUCUUAACCCAGAAGUUCACCCUGGACUGGGCUGAAGGCAAAGCCAACCAGGACAUCCACUUCACAUGCACCGGGGUCCUGACUGAUGUCACAGAGUCCACCUCAGUGGAUGUGCUGUUGACAAACCUCAUCAGGGGGAAGCUGCUUCCCUCUGCUCGCCUCUGGAUAACCACACGACCUGCAGCAGCCAAUCAGAUCCCUCCUGAGUGUGUGGACAUGGUGACAGAGGUCAAAGGGUUCACUGACCCUCAGAAGGACGAGUACUUCAGGAAGAGGUUUAGAGAUGGAGAGCAGGCCAGCAGGAUCAUCUCCCACAUCAAGAGCUCCCAAAGCCUCCACAUCAUGUGCCACAUCCCAGUCUUCUGCUGGAUCACUGCUACAGUUCUGGAGGAUGUGUUGAAAACCGGAGGGGGAAGAGAGCUGCCCAGGACCCUGACUCAGAUGUACAUCUACUUCCUGGUGGUUCAGGCCAAACUGAAGAAGGUCAAGUAUGAUGGAGGAGCUGGGACAGAUCCACUCUGGAGUCCAGAGAACAGGGAGAUGAUCAAGUCUCUGGGAAAACUGGCUUUUGAGCAGCUGCAGAAAGGCAACCUCAUAUUCUAUGAGUCAGACCUGACAGAGUGUGGCAUCAAUAUCAGAGCAGCCUCCGUGUACUCAGGAGUGUUCACACAGAUCUUUAAAGAGGAGAAAGGGCUGUACCAGGACCAGGUUUUCUGCUUCAUCCAUCUGAGUGUUCAGGAGUUUCUGGCUGCUCUUCAUGUCCAUCUGACCUUCAUCACCUCUGGAGUCAAUCUGCUGGAAGAAGAACAAACAACCUCCCAGGAAUCUGGAACAAAAGAAGAAUCUGCACUAACACUCUUCCACCAGAAUGCCGUGGAUGAGGCUUUACACAGUCCAAAUGGACACCUGGACUUGUUCCUCCGCUUCCUCCUGGGACAGGAAGCUCUUCUGAGGCUGCUGCCUGUGGUCAGAGCCUCCAACAAAGCUCUGCUGAGUGGCUGUAACCUGUCAGAGAGAAGCUGUGAAGCUCUGUCCUCAGUUCUCAGCUCCAAGUCCUCUAGACUGAGACACCUGGACCUGAGUGACAACCACCUGCAGGACUCAGGAGUGAAGCUGUUGUCUGUUGGACUGGGGAGUCAACAUUGUAAACUGGAAACUCUCAGGCUGUCAGGCUGUCUGGUCACAGAGGAAGGCUGUGCUUCUCUGGCUUCAGCUCUGAAGUCCAACCCCUCCCAUCUGAAAGAGCUGGACCUGAACUACAAUCAUCCAGGAGCCUCAGGAGUGAAGCUGCUGUCAUCUGGACCGGAGGGUCCACACUGGAGCCUGGACUCUCUCAGGGUGGAAUAUAGUGGACCACAAUGGAUGAGACCUGGUCUGAGGAAGUAUUUCUGUGAACUGGAACUGGACACAAACACAGUGUACAGAAAAAUACAACUGUCUGACAACAACAAGAAGGUGACACAGGUGGAGGAAGAUCAGCCAUAUCCUGAUCAUCGAGACAGAUUUGACCACUGGCCUCAGCUGCUGUGUAGAACUGGUCUGACUGGUCGCUGUUACUGGGAGGUCGAGUGGACAGGAGACGUUUCUAUAUCAGUGAGUUACAGAGGAAUCAGGAGGAAAGGAGACAGUGAUGACUGUUGGUUUGGAAUGAAUGAUCAGUCCUGGAAUCUGGACUGCUCUGAUCGUGGUUACUCUGUCAGGCACAAUAAGAUACAAACACUCAUCCCCCCCACCCCCUCGGUGUCUCACAGAGUAGCAGUGUAUGUGGACUAUCCUGCUGGCACUCUGUCCUUCUACACAGUCUCCUCUGACAGACUGAUCCACCUCUACACCUUCAACACCGCAUUCACUGAACCUCUUUAUCCUGGGUUUGGGUUCUGGAUCUGGUUUCCUGGUUCCUCAUUGUCUUUGUGUGGUGUGUAGGUGUGAGUGUCUCCUGUGGACACAAACUCUGACUGAAGAUCAGCUGUUGCGGUCAAAGGUCACCAUCCCACUCUCUGCACUGUGAAGCAGAUCUGUUUCCGACUCAGACACCAAACACUCAUUUGUCUGAUUUCAUCACUUUGACCAUCAACAUUUCACCAGUUCAGUAAAAUGAGUUUCUUUCUGUGUGAUGAUUGUCAUCUUAGUUCAGCUGAUGUUGCUGCCAGGGUCCACUAAGCAGCAUCCAGCUCUGCUCAGGAUAUAACAGAGUCUCUGUCCAACAUCUGUCCAACUGUGGAAGCCCACAGUCAGGUCAAGUGGAGUCUAACGUUGUCUGAUAUUGUUGGAUUAUCAUGAC